CGCCACAAUAACUCCACCAGCAACAAAGCAGAUCCUCCUCUUCUAGGGCACUCUUCGCGCACCACUUUGCCCGUUAACACUAAAGAAAAGUAGCGCACUUUCUUCUUCUCGUCCUCGCUUUCCUCAUCCCGUCCUGCUCAUCGUCAAAACGCGCUCCUUUUUUGUCUCUGAAUCUUUUUCCAUCCAAUCUCCGAUCUUCAGCCGCAAUGCACACCGUCCGCAUCCAGAAGGGGCAAUCCGAUCUGUUUUAAAGCGUAGUUAUUGUGCUCAAGAUAAUGGAGGAACGGCGGAGAUUUGCUUGGUCGGCGCUGAUGGUGUUGUUGUUGGUGGUGAUAGCUUUGGGGGCGGUGGAAGGUGAUGCGGUACCGGCGAUGGAAGGUAGGAAACGUAACGCGUAUGCUGCGAUGAUGUACAUGGGGACGCCGAGGGACUACGAGUUCUAUGUGGCGACCAGGGUGAUGAUGAGAUCACUUGUGAAGCUUAAGGUCGAUGCCGAUCUUGUCGUCAUUGCUUCUGUUGAUGUCCCAAUCGAAUGGGUUCAGACUCUGAAGGAGGAUGGGGUGAAGGUGGUGGCAGUAGAGAACUUGAAGAAUCCAUAUGAGCAGCAGAAGAACUUUAAUGUUCGAUUCAAACUAACACUAAAUAAGCUUUAUGCAUGGAGCUUAGUGGAUUAUGACCGAGUUGUUAUGUUGGAUUCUGACAACCUAUUCCUUCAAAAAACUGAUGAACUCUUUCAAUGUGGUCAGUUUUGUGCCGUUUUCAUCAAUCCAUGUAUCUUCCACACUGGUCUCUUUGUCCUCCAGCCUUCUCGGGAUGUUUUUAACGACAUGCUACAUGAGUUGGAAGUGGUGCGGAGCAAUCCAGAUGGUGCAGACCAGGGCUUCCUUGCUAGUUACUUCCCGGAUCUUCUUGACAAGCCUAUGUUCCAUCCACCUGUCAAUGGUACAAAGCUUGAUGGAACCUAUCGUCUUCCAUUGGGAUACCAGAUGGAUGCUUCCUAUUACUAUCUCAAGCUCCGUUGGAGUAUUCCAUGUGGACCGAACAGCGUGAUAACAUUUCCUAGCGCACCAUGGCUCAAACCUUGGUAUUGGUGGUCCUGGCCAGUCCUGCCAUUGGGGCUUUCAUGGCAUGAGCAGCGGCGGGAAAACGUUGGAUAUGGUGCAGAACUUCCUGUCAUGCUUAUCCAAGCUGCAGUAUACCUUGGAAUCAUAGCCGUGACGCGGUUAGCCCGUCCGAAUCUGUCGAAGCUAUGCUACAACCGAAGGCCGGAGAAGAGUCUUCUCUUCCUCCACUCCAUACUCAAGGUUGCAGUCGCAUGGUCCUUAAUAGCGACAUACACCGUUCCAUUCUUUCUCAUUCCCAGAACUGUCCAUCCUGUUCUUGGCUGGUCAGUUUACUUGCUUGGUGCAGCAGCUCUUGCUUCCAUUGCAAUCAACUCAUUUCUUCUCUCACCGCUCUCAGUCUUAACACCUUGGUUUGGCAUAUUGGGUGCUCUUGGAGUGAUGGCUUUUCCAUGGUACUCUGAUGGCGUUGUAAGGGCACUGGCUGUUUUUGCAUAUUCGUUUUGCUGCGCUCCUGUAGUGUGGAUACAAUUGGUGAGGAUGAUGGGAAGCUUACAUAUGCUGCUCGAGCGGGAGGCUUUCUUCCCCAGAUUGGGUGAAACUACUCUGAUGUCUGAAUUCAACAAACUAUACUGAGAUGUUUAUGUGGAAAAGAAGCGUUUCUUAUCUUUACUCAUUCUAAGGCAUUUGGCUAUGGGGACAUUAUGUUAGUGAAGGAAUAUUGUUACUGCUUCUGAUAAGCUGUCAGCCACAUUUUGUUUAGGCAAGUGACAGUGCCAAGGCUGUGAGGUUGAAUGGGUAAAUGUAUUUUAUUCAUUUUGCUGCUUCCUACUUUUAUUUAGAAAGGGCUUAUCAUUUGUAAAGUUUGUGUUGAUUCGGAGCUGGAAGCAUAUGAUGUAAAAGGUAGCAUCUUGAUUUGAAGCACCGUCGGUCUCUCAGUGCUACCUAUAAAUCAAAUUCUGCUUGUGGGGAAUCGACUUUGAAAAGGUUAGGAUUAACUAUCUAUGUAUUUAUGAAACUUAUUUCAUCUUAUAUUUUGAUUCACAAGUUUUGAAAU